AUGUCGUCAACAGUGUCGGUGGCUACGGAAAGCCGGCUGUGGAGGGCCCUCUUUGCCCUCCCGAUCCUCGCCUUCGCUGGCCUCAUGAUACGAGCAUUUGCGAUGGGCGAACCAAUUGCUCCCGUACUGCAAAACAUGCUCGAAAACUCCCAGUUUACGUGGGAUGGAGGCAGCGUCAAGAUUCUCAAGGAAUUCUACGGCAUCCCCCCUUUGGACGAGAUCUUUGCUCAUAUCACGGUUGCCUUUGCUCAGUUGCAGUUCUUUUCCGAUCCACGAGCAUAUUGGCACUCGCUGGUCUUUCUUACCGACUUUGCUGGAAUCCCACUUGUUAUCCCACUUCUCUCACAACUCAUGGGGAUCGGCGUUGUUGCUCCCGUGUACUUCUUCUUCUUUUAUGUGUUCACGCCAGCCUAUAAGCUUACCACCCCAAGUCUUCAUCGUCCGGGGGUAGCGCCUUGCAUCGCACUGUUACCAACAAUCGCACUGGCCUACUUUUCUUCGCACUUCCCGUCCUACUUCCAUCCUUCUCUUGAAGCGAGAAACUGGUGGAACUGGAUUUGGCAGCUUUUCCCAGUAUGGGGAUCAUUCACCAUGCUUGCAAUCUCCAAGACAAUCUCCGGUCUUAGCAAGACACGAUCGACCAAAGAUGAUUCCAAUCAGGAGCUAGUCAUCCUUAGAGUCACCGUAUACUUGCUUGCAUUCAUCAGCACGGCUACAUGGUGGUACACUAUUCCAAAGAUUGAGGGCCCAGUAUCUGAUGUUUUCAUGCCCCAAUAUUUCGUCGAGUCCCCCCAAGAACCAGACGAGUGCCUUCGAACCAUCAUUCAAUAUGAUUACAUAUGCACAUACUCGGCUGGUUUCCUCUGGCUUGCAUAUCACUUUAGCGAUCUGGAGAAGGCUGGUAUCUGCGAAGUGCCCUGGAUUCGAGCUUUGGUAGUUGCUGGUAUCGUGGGGGCUGUUGUUGGUCCUGGGUCGCUCUUCAUUCUAAUUUGGCUUUUGAGGGAGGAACUUCUCGCGUCGCAAGCAUCAGUAAGAGAGCCUGAAAAGUUCUGA